CAUUUUAUUAAGACUUCUUUGGAAAUCUUAGUUCAAACUUUGUUGAUAGCGGUGGUCGGCGACGGCUUCUCCUCUUGCUCGCGGAGAGGAACAUGAAUAAGCUUCCAUUUUUAACCAAUUCUAGGGUUUCCAUUCUUUCCUUCUUACAAAGAAUUUUAUCCACUGACCAACUUGCAUCAUCAUUCUCCUGUGAUUUAACUCUUCAAAUUGAAAAAAAAUGGAUUUUCACCACCUGCAAGCUCUACUAACAGCCUCCACAGUUUCCAACUCUUUGUCAAAGGGAAAGCUCCUUCACGCCAAGGCAAUCUCUCUCGGACUGCAACAAAGUCUCAAUCUUUGCAAAUCUCUCAUCAACUUCUACGUCUUCUUCCGUCUCUUUGAUUCUGCGCGACUUGUUCUCGAAACAAUCAACAACCCAUUGGAUAUUUCCUUGUGGAAUAGCCUCAUUGCAGCAUAUUCCAAGAAUCAAAUGCACAGAGAAGCCCUUUGGCUAUACGAUAAGUGUUUUCUCUUUCCAUAUGUUAAACCUGAUUCUUACACUUAUCCAAGUGCUCUGAAGGCUUGUAGUGGAUUGGGCAAUGGAAGGAAGGGGAGGAUGAUUCAUACCCGUCUGUUGAAAUCAGGUUUCAGUUAUGAUAUAGUCAUCUCGAGUUCUCUUGUUGGUAUGUAUGCGAAAUGUGGGUUUUUUUACUCUGCUAUUAAGCUGUUUGAUGAAAUGCCCGAGAGGGAUAUUGCUUGUUGGAACACAGUUAUAUCUUGCUAUUAUCAAGAUGGGCAUGCUGUAGAAGCUCUUAAGAUGUUUGAGAAAAUGACAAGGUGUGGCUUUAAGCCUGAUUCUGUGACCUUCUCCACAGUUUUCUCGGCUUGUGCAAGGCUUUUGGAUGUGGAAACAGGGAAGAGGAUACAUGAAGAGAUGGUGAAGAGUGGGUAUGAGAUGGAUGGCUUUGUUAGGGCUGCUAUUGUUGACAUGUAUGGAAAAUGUGGCCAUUUGGCAAGUGCAAGAGAAAUCUUUGAUCAGAUACCUAUGAAGAGUGUUGUUGCCUGGAACUCAAUGAUAUAUGGAUAUUGUUUGCAAGGGGAUAGGAAUUCAUGUUUGGAGCUUUUCUCAAGGAUGAAGUGUGAAGGAAUCAGGCCUACUUCGAGUACUAUAAGCAGCUUGUUGAGAGCUUGCUCUAGAACUUCUGCUGUAUGGCAUGGAAAAUACAUUCACGGAUAUGUAAUACGAAACCAGAUUGAGGUAGACAUUUUUGUUGCAACUUCACUCAUUGAUUUUUACUUUAAAUGUGGCAAAGUCAGGUGUUCUGAGUUUAUCUUCCAAAAAACUCUUAAAAAUAAUGUAGUUUUGUGGAAUGUUAUGAUUUCAGGUUAUGUAACAUUAGGCUAUUACUUUGAAGCUCUUGAUGUUUUUCAUGAUAUGAAACUCUUUGAUGUAAAGCCAGAUGCCAUUACUUUCACUAGCUGUUUAUCUGCUUGUGCUCAAUUAACUGCUCUACAGCAAGGGAGAGAGAUCCAUGAGCAAAUCUGUAGUAAUAAUUUUGAGUCUAAUGAAAUUGUCAUGUGUGCACUUGUUGAAUUGUAUGCUAAAUGUGGCACAGUCAGAGAAGCACGAGCAGUUUUUGACAAGUUGUCAAUCAGGGACACAGUGUCAUGGACAUCAAUGAUUAUGGCUUAUGGCUCUAAUGGCCAGGCUAUUGAAGCUUUGGAGCUUUUCAGAGAAAUGCAGAGGGUGAAGGUAAGACCAGACCGUGUUACAUUUCUCGCUCUAAUGUCCGCCUGUAGUCAUGGAGGAAUGGUUGAUAAGGGUAUCUAUUAUUUCUAUCUCAUGACAUCUGAAUAUCAUAUUAAACCGGGCUUGGAACAUUACUCGUGCCUAAUUGAUCUUCUUGGACGCUUGGGGAGGUUGCAUGAAGCUUACAAGUUUAUUCAGAGCUUACCAGUUUUAAAAGAAGAUGUUGGUUUGUUAGGAUCUUUUUUCUCUGCUUGUAUUGUACAUGGAAACUUGGAAUUAGGAGUGGAAGCUGCCAGGCUUCUUCUAGAGAUUGAGCCAAAUGAUCAUUCUACCUAUAUUGCUCUGUCCAAUAUGUAUGCUUCUGCUGGAAGAUGGGAUGAGGUGCGCGAAGUGAGAGCAAAAAUAAAGGAGAUGGGGCUAAGGAAGAAUCCUGGAUGUAGCUGGAUUGAAAUAGACAAGAAAAUUCACCAAUUCUUUGUGGAAGAUUACUCUCAUCAACAAAUAGAGUUGAUAUGCGGAUGUCUAGAGAAUCUUUUAAUGCACAUGGAGGAUAAAUUUAAUAUACAAGAGGAGGGUUCAAGCAUUAAAAAAUGUAUGAGAAGUUAAUAUUUCAGCCUGGCCACAAAGAAGACCCAGUUAUCCUA